GCAUCUUGUUGUACUUACUACAACAACAGUGUAUUGAAAGAGAAUAUAUAUAAAAUACUGCUAUUUUGUCCCAGCAUCCAAGUCAAGUCAUCACCUCUAAGUUAGAAACUUUGUCUUGGUAGAUUAUAAUUAAGCAAAUGUUUUCCCCUAGAACCGUCCAAUGAUAACAACCCCUCUCUCAUGAAGAUUAUCCUAUUUUAUAUGUGAAACACUAGGAGUAGAUUAGAUCGAUUUGACUCUUAUUCCAGUAAUAUUUUAACUAUUCUUAUAAUCAGAUGGAUUCGGGAAUAAAUUUCAAAAACCUUAAUUUGCAUGGUUUAAUCAGUACGUACUGUCAUCUUGAUAGUGAUCUGCUGUGAAAUUCCAAUACAAUAUAUUAUUAAUAUAUGUAUUGAUCACUCUGAUGUAGCAGAGUACUAACUAAUAAAUAUAAGUACUACGAAAUCUCAUGCAAAGCAAAACUCAUUAUACAUAUAACCUAUACACAAAUUCAGGUUAAUAAUAAGCAAGAGAAAAUAUCAAUCAAUAUCAAUAUGUCUGAUAAUAAUCACCGUAUUUUUCUCCUGGGACUAAUAAUUCUCUUUCUAACAUUAGUAUUAAUAAAUUGUGACGAGGGCGCAGCCUCAAAAUGCCGCCCGAGCGGUAGAAUCAAAGGAAAGAAGCUACCACCGGGCCAAUGUAUGGAAGACGACCUGUGCUGCGUGGAGGGCAGAAUGUACAAAGUCUACGAGUGCUCCCCCUCCGUAACUGCACACACCAAGGCCUAUAUGACAAUCAACAGCUUCGAGGGUGGCGGGGACGGUGGCGCCCCAGCCAAGUGUGACAACCGCUACUACUCGGAUGACACGCCCGUGGUGGCACUGUCGACGGGGUGGUACGAAGGUGGAAGCAGGUGCCUCAAGAACGUGACCGUCAGAGCCCCGAGUGGGCGUAGUGUGGAGGCGAUGGUGGUGGACGAGUGUGACUCCUCUGUGGGGUGUGGCAAAGAUGAGGACUACCAACCUCCAUGCGCCAACAACGUUGUUGAUGCCUCCAAGGCUGUUUGGAAAGCUCUUGGUGUUCCUCCUCGGGACUGGGGUGACUUGGAUAUUGUGAAAAGUUAG